AUGCGAUCGGCGGUCGAGUGGCAGCGGGAAACUGCAGCCGCCGGUGCGGUGGCGGGCUUCGCCACCGUAGCCGCGAUGUACCCUCUGGACAUUGUCCGUACGAGAUUUCAAGGUCACUCUGGUUUGAAGGGGCUUUAUGCUGGCUUUCUUCCUGCAGUUUUAGGAUCCACCGUUUCAUGGGGUUUAUAUUUCUUCGUUUGGCUGUUAUAUCUCUAUGGCAGAGCUAAACAAAGGUAUUCUAAAAACAGAGAGGAGAAGCUUAGCUCUGGUCUUCAUCUUGCGUCUGCUGCAGAAGCUGGACCUUUGGUUUCCUUGUGCACAAAUCCUAUAUGGCUUAUUAAAACAAGAUUGCAGCUUCAGAAUCCUCUAAAUCAAAAUUGA